CAUACAAAAAGUCAUUAAUUUUUUAACAAAAUUAAAAGAAAAGAUCCAAAUUUUGGUUAACAAAAAUUUUUUAUUAUUUCCAUUAAAUUUCUUAAUACCACAAAAUUAAAAUUUGUAAAAAAUGUUUCGCGUGCUUUCGAUUGCAUUUUGCCUAAUACCCACAAUCCUUUACGCUUCAACAGUUCUGCCACCGGACUUUUGCCAUUACGGAAGUGUCGAACAACAUCAAGCGCCACCGCCGCAAACAUUGCCCAAAGCCGAAGACAAUAGCAAUGCAAAUGAGGAGAAAUUCCAGCUACGUUUAAGCGGCGGCAAUGGCGGCUUUUCAGGCUUUGCGAUACAAGCACAAGAUCCCAGUGGUGCACCAGUGGGCAGAUUUCAAAUUAUCGAUGAGCAUAAUUCCAAAACUAUGGCGUGCAAGAAUUUGGAUGAUACGAUCUUGCAUGCGGAAACUCAAGAGGAGGGUCCGCUCAAAAGUGUUGACUUUUCUUGGAUACCAGCUGGUUAUCAGGGCACUGUGCGUUUUGUUGCUACCUUGGCAAAGGAAGGAGGUCAGUGGGUGCGUCGCACACUUAAAGAGAUUAACGUGUGAAUGUAAUAAGGACGGAUGGUGAUAAAUGCUAUAUCUGACACCUCUUAACCUUUUUUAUGUUACUCGAAACUUAAAUAUCAUCAACGAUGCGAUUAUAACUAUCAAUAAGCCCACUCAACCAAAAUUAUAAAUGAAAGGAUUUUGUGAUACGUAAAC